AGCAGUCCUACAACCACCGGCCAUACCGCAGGGACAACCACCGUAUCAACAGCAACACCAACAAUUUCAGAACAUACAGCGACAACAGGUCCAUCAACGGCAUCGCCUGGUCCUUCUACAUCCUCAUCUGCACCAACAGCAACAAGCAGUCCUACAACCACCGGCCAUACCGCAGGGACAACCACCGUAUCAACAGCAACACCAACAAUUACGGAGAAGACUAGUAGCAGUCCUACAACCACCGGCCAUACCGCAGGGACAACCACCGUAUCAACAGCAACACCAACAAUU